AUGAUCUUUCCUUUGUUGGCAGGUUCGGAGAAGGGCAGGGGCACCUUGGAUGUUCUCCUUUGCACAACUUACUGUCGCUCGCAGCUCUAUCUCUCGCGUCAGCUGUCGCAGUUGCAUCCCGAGCUCACCAUGCCUAUGUUCUCGGAAAUCACGGCGCGCUUUCAAACGGCAAGGACGGAGGUGCGUCAGCUGCUUCUCCAGUACCUGCUGCCCUGGCUGGUGAACAUAGAGCUGGUGGAUCCCAACGUGCCUCCAGCAAACCCACUGUCCUAUAUACAGUACUACGCGUCGGAGGGCGGGCGCAGCGGCAGGCGCGAGGGUCUCGGCUCGGCGGAGGCCACCGAGAUGGUCCUCAACAACCUGUUCUACAUUACGGCCAAGUUCUCGGACAACCACCCAAAGGAGACAGAAGAAUUGUGGUGCACUCUCUGCGCCUGCUGGCCGAACAACUUGAAGGUCAUCAUCCGCUAUCUAAUCAUAGUUUCGGGGAUGGCGCCAAACGAACUGUUGCCAUACGCGAAGCGCGUGGUGCUGUACUUGGCUCGCUCGCGGCCUGAGCGUCUGUUGGACGAGAUGAUGACUGAGCUGCAGACAGUGGAGACGCUCAACUGCCUCAUAGAGCGCACCGAGACGCCGCCCUUCUACCGGCUCACCUCCAUGCGCAAGGCCACCUCUGGCCACAGCGACGGCCCCGGCAACGGAUCCCAGGACGCCACCGGCCGCCCCGGGGAGCUCGCCCCCGUCGAGAAGGGCACCAUCCACACCAAGAGACACAGCGGAGAGGACCCCGCGAAGGCUUGCGGUGCGAAAGCGGCCGAGAGCUGCGGCGGGCGAGUGCAGGAGAAGCAACGGGCCGCGGCGGGGCCGCCGUGCGCCACCGCCACCCCGCCCGCCGACGACCACACGCCGCCACCCUCCGACGGCGACGCCACACCGACGGGCUCGGUGCCGGAGGCGCUGGCCACGCCGACGGGCAGCGCGCCCGCGACGCCGCUGGAGCCGCGCGCGGACGCCCCGCAGCCGAGGCCGCUGCCGAUGCCCGAGUACGGCGGCUACUUCGCCCUCCUCACCGAGUACUUGCCCGACAGCAGCCAGCCGAUAUCCGGCUUCCACAGAUGCAACGUGGCGGUGAUGCUCCUGUGCGACGUGGUGCUGGACGGGGUGGAGAUAGACUGGUCCAUACAUGUGCCGCUCAUGCUACACAUAGUUUUUCUCGGCAUGGACCAUACCAGGUGGAUAGUGCACCAGCACUGCCGCCAACUGCUGCUGAACCUGCUGGUUGCGGUGGCCGCCCACCACGACCACCUGACGGUGGCGAAGGUGCUGCUCGCCAGCCGCUCUGCCCAGCUGGGUCUCGCCGUCAGCGCACCCCCACUGCCGCUGCAGCCCCACAACUUCACAGAACCCGACGCGACAUUCGACAAGGAGGCUGGGUGCGAGCACUCGCCCCGCGCCCACGUGCGCUCCCUCAGCUCAGACCCGCAGGCAACGCCCGAAGGGGAAACGGACAACUACCCGUCGCUGCCGGUAAUCGUGACCGCGGAGGCGGAGGCGGAGGCGCCGCCGCCGGAGCCCGAGCCGGCGGAGAUGCCGGUCGCCGACGUCAUCAAGUCCCUCGUGCACUUCCUCGCCAACCGGCCCACGCACAUGCCCCUGUGGCAGUACGAGGACAUCACCGCCAAAGUGUGGACCCUGCGCAGUUGCCAGCAGAUGGCGACGCUGGUGCGUCACGCCCUGCGCGUCUUCCGCGAGUCGCUGCCUCACGCCCUGGUGUCCGAGCGGUGGGCGCAGACGGCGCUUCAGUUGGGCCUCUCCUGCCCAUCCCGCCACUACGCCGGCCGCUCGCUCCAGGUGUUCCGUUUCAUCGGCGUCGCGAUGACGGGCCGCAUGGUGACGGACAUACUGUCACGGCUGGUGGAGACGGUGGCGGAGCAGGGCGAGGACAUGCAGGGCUACGUGACCGAGCUGCUGCUCACGCUCGAGGCGGCCGUCGACUCGCUUGAGUCCAACUUCAGGCCGCUCGACUACAUGCGCGACAUAUUCAAGUCCACGCCCAACCUGAACAACAAGGACGGCGGGCCGCAGGCGGGCAGCGCCGCGCCCUUCGUGGCGGGCAAGCGCUCGCCCGGCGUGUGCGUCGGCUGCGUGAACAACCACACGCGCAGCACCAGCUACUCGGUGUCCUACUGCGUGCGCAAGAGCGCCGCCGCGCCCUCGCCCGCCGACAAGCAGCCGCACGAGCGCACGCGCCCCUGCAGCGACUCGCCCAAGGGCUGCUCCAACCUGUGCCGUUCGCGCUCCGCGCAGUCGCUGAAACUGCUCGGCGACAGCGCGUCACAGGACGACAAACUGACUAUCCUGGCGACGCUGUUCUGGGUGGGCGCGUCGCUCCUGGAGUCCGACUACGAGCACGAGUUCCUGCUGGGCGUGAGGCUGCUGGCGCGCGUCAUGGCCCGCCUGCCCCUCGACAGGCCGGACGCGCGCGAGCGCCUCGACCGCACCCAGGCGCACACCUCGCCCUCGCUGCACGCGCUGCUGCUCAAGGGCUGCACGCACCCCAACACGUACGAGCCGGUGGUGGGCGUGCUGGCCGACAUGAUACCGCUCCUGGAGCUGCCGGUCAUCGAUCCGACGCAGUCGCUCGCCUUCCCCAUGACCGUGGUGGCCCUCCUGCCCUACAUGCUGCUGCACUACGAGGACGCCAACGAGCUCUGCGUGCGAGCGGCCUGCCACAUUGCGCAGUUCACAGCGGAGAAGAGCAAGAAGCUGGAGAACCUCGGAACAGUGAUGACCCUCUACUCGAGACGCACUUUCAGCAAGGAGAGCUUCCAGUGGACCAAGUGCGUGGUGAAAUACCUUUGGGACACCUACUCGCAUCUCUCGCUGCAGAUGCUUGCAUUUUUGGUAGAGGUCUUGGAAAAGGGUGCCGUGAGCAUGCAGCUGCCGGUGCUCUCGAUCCUGCACUGCAUGCUGCACUACGUGGAGCUGAACGCGCCCUCGGCGCAGCCGCUCAACGCGGACCUCCUGCGCGCCGUCGCCAAGUUCAUAGACCAGCAAGACGGGAACAACUACAAGGAGGCGAUGAAAAUCCUGAAGCUGGUGGUGACGCGGUGCUCCACGCUGGUGGUGCCCCCGCAUUGGGACAGCCACGCCUCAUCGAUACUCGACACGGAACUCCACGGCAAAAAGGAGCUGCCCGGGCGCACCAUGGACUUCACCUUCGACCUGUCCCAGACGCCCGUCAUCGGGCGCAAGUACCUGCCCAAGGGAGGCAGCCAGCCGGCCACGGGGCCCAGCUCCCUCUCGAACGCGUCCAGCGCCACGCCCGACAGAGGCUCCUCGAGUUCCGGCUCCGCGUCCACCGUGGUGGGCCAGGGGGCGGGGGGCCCCCCCGCCGCCGCCGGCCAUCCGCAGAGCGCCGCCUCCCCGCGCCGCUCCCUCUCCCUCUCCCCCGCGGACGCCCUCGCCUCCGGAUGGAAGCGGCCCUGGAUGUCGCAGAGCCGGGUGCGCGAGUGCCUCGUGAACCUGCUGACCACGUGCGGCCAGCGAGUGGGCCUGCCCAAGAGCCCCUCCGUGAUAUUCAGCCAGAGCUCGGAGCUUUUGGAGCGGGAGUCGUCGAUGGCGUCCUCACUGGAGGAGGUGUCCGGCACGCCGGGCAACGAGCCGUCGGCCGGCGCCCCGCCCACCGACCACUUCGGCGUCUUCAAGGACUUCGACUUCCUCGAGUACGAGAGCGAGAGCAUCGAGGGCGAGAGCUCGGACAACUUCAACUGGGGCGUGCGCCGGCGGCUGCCGAGCGAGGAGCGCCCCGAGGGGGGCGCCACCGAGCGCAGCCCGCCGCCGCAGCGCUCCCGCCACCACGAGCCCCACCACGACUCGCACCACGAAACGCACCACGCCACCAAGCCGUUGGGGCACGAGGACUCCUCGGACGAGGAGGGCGGCUGGUACGAGCCGGCGGGUGGUUCGCGCGGCGAGGGCGAGCCGGGCGCCGCCCCCGACACGGCGCUCCGCCCCCGCGGCCACUCCUUCUCGAGCGCCUCCAGCGGCGAGCCGCACCCCGAGCGCGGGGACGUGACGCCCGUGCCGGGAGCGGGGGGCGCGGCGGGUGCGGGGGGCGCGGGGGGCGCGGGGGGCGCGACGAGCGCGGCCGUGCGCGACGCGUGGCGCUGCUCCGUGGCGGCGCUGCUCCGGCACGCCACCCACCUGCCGCCCCUCACUCUGGUGCACCGCUUGCACACCGUCCUCAAGGAGGUGACCUGCAAGACGGUGGCGGUGUGCGGCGAGAGCGCGCUCGGCGGCGGUGGCGGCGGGGGCGGUGCGGGCGAGCUGGCCGCCGUGGUGGAGCGGCUGGCGGGGGAGGAGCCGCCCCUGCUGUGGGCGGGGCCCGCGGCCGCGGACUGUGCGCGGGUACGCGACGCGGUGCGCUUCGCCGCCCUCGAGAUCAACGAGCAUCUCGAGACCUACUUCGACCGCCGUGAGCACGCCCUCGAGAUGUUGGAGAUAUCCCGUGGCGGAGAGGAGACCAUCCGUAGCCUGUACAAGCUCAUCUUCCAGCUGCUCUUAUUGCUGGAGACCAACAACAAGCUCGUGGUGGCGGUGUACCAUGCCGCCCUCGAUAAUAGGGGCGUGGAGAUGAGCGGCGCCGUGUGCGCGGUGCGCAGCGCCCUCGUCGCCAGCUGCGGCGACUCGUGGCCGGAGCUCGGCGAGCAGCAGCUGGACAAGCAGCCCCACGACGACGCCAGGCUCACGCACCUGAUGCAGCGCCAGAGAUGGGCGACCGCACUGGCGCUCGUCCGCGAGCGCAAUGCGGAACGUAUCCUGGAGCGAGGCGAGUUGCCCGAGGACGACAUCACCAGCCUCCUUCACGUGUACUGCAAGGGCCUGGCGCAGGCGCAUCCGGAAAUGGUGGCGAUCACGCGGCCGGUGAACGAGCUGUCCCAGAACCUGUCCUUCAUGAUGGAGAGCCUCUACAAGGCCUCGGUGGCCCUCCAGAGGCAGGAGUAC